CACCCAACAACCAACGCAACGCAACGCAACCUUCCCACCUUUCCUUUUGCAUCCACGCGCGCGUCACCCGCAAACUUCCACCAGAAGUUCCGCACACACACUCUCCGCAAAGGCUAAUUUGCUUGCCCCGCGUGUUAAUGUGGCCCGUCCGCUACGGGUUCGUCGCCGACGUCAACUUCGUCGUCAACCGCAGUCAAGUCUCCGCAGCUCUUUUCGCCGAAGCUGGUAAAGAAAAACUACCGCAACUCUGCGCGACCUUUUCUUCUCUCACUCUCUUUCCAUUUCAUCGCGCUCUCUUAGCUCUCCGCACACCGAGCGACUUUAGCUUUUAGCUGUUCGCCUACUUCGCCGAAGUCGCCUUUGCUUCGUUUCGUGUUUUCUCGCUCUCGGCUCGCCAGUUUCUUCGCGACACCUCAACGAGACGGACGGGCACUUCGGGAGCUAGGAAAAGCUACGACGCGCGACGGGACUUAGUCGACUUGUGGUCGGUUAGGUCGUUUUUCCCCCAAAGCUCUUGUACAGCUUGUAGAAAGGCGAACCUCGACGACCUCCAGCGCGAGGGGAGUUCGAUCGCGUAGCGGUGCGCGGGAGCUGCACAACGGGUUUGCCGUGGGGUUUUGCAGAACUACAGUUUUCUUGUGUGUCUGCGCGCAAGGUGAAGACAAGACAAAAUGUGAGCCGCUGAUCCGAGCUGAUCAAGAGUGCUGCUAGAGAGUGAUCGAAGAAGCCAACCGGGGAGUCGUGCUGGGUGGCAUAUCUGGCCGGAAUCUGCGAAAGAAAAGAGUGAAUAUCUGGUAAAGAUCGUGUGUGCACAAAAAGAAAUAUUUUCAGUGAAGAGCAAACAGCAGUGAGUACACACAGUCACAUGCUGCCGUGAAGAAUGAGGUGAAAAAGUGAUCGGGUACCUCUCUCUCGACUAGUGUGCAAAAUGCUGGUAAAAUGUCAAAGGAGCAUAGCGAGCAAUACCAGUGACGACAAGGGAACCUUAAGAAGAAACUGAAACGAAACGGUGACGAUCGGGGGACGACGAUCACCGGAUAUGGUAGCUGUUGCUGCAUGGAGUAAAACCAGGACGGUGCUGCGACCAGAACGAGGAAUAUUCGCAAAAAUGAAAAUAUUUUUGCCACUAGUGGUGUGGCUAGUGCUGUUAUUUCGGACGGCGAGUUCACAGUACUCGGCGUCCCGGAAAAACGUCGGCAUCUUCGGGCUGAAGCACGAGGUGUUUUUUCUGAACCUGGAGGACGGCUACUUCGGCUGCCAGGUCAACGAGUCCACAGACUAUCUGCAGCUGUACGAGCUGUCCAAGCUGUGUGAUGGCACAUCGGACUGCUACAUGGGCUCCGAUGAGCUUAGAAAUAAGUUAAAAUGUACAAAUGAUUGUGAUAAAGAUGGCACGGCCUGCUCGAACGGAGCGUGCCUAGAAGGCCAAUGCCAUUGUAAUGAUGGCUUUGGAGGUUGCAAUUGUCAAGUUCCAGACGAAAACGAGUGUAAAUAUCGACCCUGUGACGUUUUCGCACACUGUACAAAUACUUUAGGUAGCUUUACUUGCACCUGCUUCCCGGGCUAUCGGGGAGACGGCUUCCAGUGCGUGGAUAUUGACGAGUGUCAAGAUCCAGCGAUCGCCGCGCGAUGCGUCGAUAACGCGGAAUGCUGCAACCUUCCGGCGCACUUUGUGUGCAAAUGCAAGUCAGGCUUCGAAGGGGACGGCGAGGAACGGUGUACAGACAUCAACGAGUGUCUGGAUCCUCAGGCGUGCGGCGUGAACGCCGAGUGCGUCAACGUGCCCGGUAACUACACGUGUCUGUGCCGGGACGGCUUCGUCGGCGAUCCGUACAACGGGUGCGCCGACGUGGACGAGUGCGCCCAGCCGGGAGUUUGCGGACCAGGUGCCAUAUGUACGAAUGUGGAGGGCGGUUAUCGCUGCGACUGCCCCGCCGGAUUCGAUGGUGACGCACGCUCGGCCCAGGGAUGCGCCGACUUUGACGAAUGUACCCGUUCCCCCUGCGGACGGAACGCACUGUGCCGAAAUGACGUGGGAAGCUUCCGGUGCGAGUGCCCGGAAGGAUUCCACGGUGACGCGAUGACGGACUGCCAAGAUAUUGACGAAUGCUCGAAUAACCCGUGCGCCGAGGGCGCCCAGUGCAUCAACACGCCCGGCGGCUUCCGGUGCAGUUGCCCGGCCGGCAUGACCGGCUCGGGUGACGGCCACUGCGACGACAUUAACGAGUGUGCGAGGGCUAACGCUUGCGGAGAGAAUGCCAAGUGCAUCAACUUUCCCGGAUCGUACAAGUGCUUGUGCCCGCAGGGCUUCCAGGGACGGGGUGAACUGUUUUGCAAAAAUGUAAACGAAUGCCUAGAUAAUCCGUGUGGGGAAAACGCAAUCUGCACCGAUACGGUUGGUAGCUUUGUUUGCUCAUGUAAGCCAGAAUACACGGGAGAUCCAUUUCGGGGCUGCGUCGACAUCGACGAGUGUACGGCGUUCGACAAGCCGUGCGGCAACCACGCCAUCUGCGAGAACGCCAACCCGGGCUACAACUGUCUGUGCCCGCAAGGUUACGCCGGCAAGCCGGACCCGAAGAUCGCUUGCGAGCAGGCGGACGUCAACGUGCUCUGCAAGAGCAACUUUGACUGUACCAACAACGCGGAAUGUAUCGAGGGGCAGUGCUUCUGCCAGGACGGAUUCGAACCGCAGGGAUCGAGCUGCGUCGAUAUCGACGAAUGUCGGAUGGACGCACACGUGUGCGGACCGUCGGCGAUGUGUAUCAACACGCCCGGAUCGUUCCGAUGUGACUGCGAAGCCGGAUUUAUUGGAACGCCACCGCGGAUUCAGUGCAAGACACCUUGUGCGGAUGUAAAGUGUGGCAAGAACGCGUACUGCAAAGCCGAAGGACAGGAAGCGUUUUGUAUCUGCGAGGAAGGAUGGACCUUCAACCCUAAUGACAUUUCUGCUGGUUGCGUUGAUAUCAACGAGUGUGAUCCUGGACAAGGGCCAAACGGCCGAUGUGGGGUAAACGCUGCGUGCACGAAUCUCCCCGGUAGCUUCAGCUGCCAAUGUCCACCGGGAUUCACCGGAGACGCAAGCCGUCAAUGCUACGACGUUGACGAGUGCUCGAAACCAAACGCCUGCGGAGAAGGCGCUGUUUGUAAAAAUCUCGAAGGUUCUCACCAAUGUUCCUGCCCAGAGGGAUCCAUCGCCGAUCCCGACCCUAGUGUAAGGUGUAUCACCAUUGUAACGUGUACCAAAGAUAACGACUGCCCAGGAAACGCCAUUUGCGACGCCGAAAAACGAUGCCUCUGUCCGGAACCUAACGUUGGAAACGAUUGUCGACAUCCGUGCGAGAAUACCGCUUGCGGUCCCAACUCGCACUGCAUGCUGGUCAACGGAGCCGCACAGUGCCUGUGCAGCGAAGGAUUCACCGGACAUCCGAGUCAGUGCGUAGACAUCAACGAAUGCGCUGGAAAUCCGUGCCCAAGUGGAGCAAUCUGCUCGAAUCUCCCAGGCGGGUACACCUGCCAGUGUCCGGGCGGUAGCUCGGGUGAUCCAUACUCCGGAGGAUGCUCCAAGUCGGCUUUGAACACGUGCAACGAUCAGAACCCAUGCCCGGCGGGUGAGAAAUGCAUCCAGGAUGCUUACAGCGGAAACAGUGUCUGCAUCUGCGGACAAGGAUACAAACGAAACGCCAAAGGAGUGUGCAAGGACAUCAACGAAUGCAAAGACCCAAACAAACCCGCUUGCGGAGUCAACGCCAUCUGUAAGAACCUUCCAGGAAGUUACGAGUGCCAGUGUCCACCAGGAUUCAACGGAAAUCCGUUCCUGUCGUGUGAAGAAUGCAGUAGCCUGGAGUGCAAAUGCCCUGCCCCGUACAAGUUCAUGGACGGCAACUGCGUUCUAGACAGCUGCUCAACCGAUGGCAAAUGCGCAGGAGGAGCGGAAUGUAUCACGAUUACCGGAGGCGUAAGCUACUGUGCAUGCCCGAAGGGAUUCCGAACGCAAGCCGACGGAAAGUGCGAAGAUAUCGAUGAAUGUUCCGAAGGACAACAGGUUUGUGGCUACGACGCCAUCUGCAUGAACACGAUCGGAGGAUACGAAUGCAAAUGUCCGCUGGGAUACUCCGGAGAUCCGUACAACGGAUUGUGUGCGCUUGCGCAGAAGCGAUGCUCCGCCGAUCGAGAAUGUAACAGCAAUGAAAAGUGUGUUCAACCUGGAGAGUGCGUGUGUCCACCACCGUUCUACAUGGAUGCGUACGAUGGAAACAAGUGCAAGAGUCCUUGUGAGCGAUUCCCAUGCGGAAUCAACGCUCGAUGCACACCCACGGAUCCACCGCAAUGUAUGUGUGAAGUUGGCUACAAGGGCGACCCACUAACGGGAUGCACGGACGAAGAUGAGUGCGCCAACUCACCGUGUGCUUACGGAGCUCAAUGCGUCAACCAGAAGGGUGGCUACAAGUGCGUCUGCCCGAGGGGCUUGGUAGGUGAUGCGUACAAAGGAGGUUGCAUACUGGAAGAAGGAUCCGUCAAGAGUCAGUGCCGACGAAAUCAAGAUUGUGCCGACACGUUGGCUUGUGAGCGAGGAACCUGCGUUAGUCCGUGCAGCAGCUUGCUUUGCGGACCUAACGCGUACUGCGAGCCGGAAAAACACGCCGCUUGGUGUCGCUGCCGAGUUGGGUUUGUUGAAGGUCCCAACGGAGACUGUGUGUCGCAAUGCAACGGUUACAUGUGUGGUCAGGGUGCUAUCUGCAUCGUUACAAACAGUGGUCCCACGUGCAAGUGUCCACCUGGGGAGAUGGGUAAUCCCUUCCCCGGUGGUUCCUGCGUUACGGAUCAGUGCUCAGCGAAUCGACCAUGUAUUGACCCACAAGUAUGUAUCAACGGACGCUGCAAGCACAAGUGUGACGGAGUCGUCUGUGGAAUCGGAGCGACCUGCGACGGUGCCACUGGAAAGUGCGUCUGCGAGCCGUUCUUUGUUGGAAAUCCGGAAAUGCUUUGUAUGCCUCCCAUCACUACACCGAGCUGUGAACCGGAAUGUGGACAGAACGCACACUGCGAGUACGGCGUCGUGCAAAACACUUGCGUGUGCAAUCCGGGAACGAGCGGCAAUCCGUACGGGCUGUGCGAGGCGAAGCAACGCAACACUUGCAGCAGCACGUCGUGCGGCGCGAAUGCACAGUGCCGCGAAACGUUGCACGGCGUAGAGUGCGUCUGCCCGAAUGGAUUCAUCGGUAAUCCGUACGUGCAGUGCAAAGACAUUGACGAGUGCUCGACGGGUAACGUGUGCGGUGAGGGAGCGCUCUGUAUCAACAGUGCCGGAAGCUUCGACUGUCGCUGCAAGCCGGGACUCGCUGGAAAUCCGUUUACAAUGUGCUCACCGAUGGAGAAGAAUAUGUGUGACAAUCCGAGACGGUGUCAGUGCGGAAAGAAGACGCUGUGUCCACCUGGGUACACGUGUGAACGUGGAUCUUGCAAGGAUCUGUGCGCGAAGACCACCUGCGGUCCGAGAGCUGCGUGCGACUCUGGAAAGUGUGUUUGUCCACCUGGGUACACCGGAAACCCGAAGGAUCUUCGCAGUGGAUGCGUACAGGAAGGACAAUGUGACAACGAUGCGGACUGUAAGAACAAGGAGAUUUGCUUCCAGUACGGAAAGGGCGUACGAAAGUGUGUUGAUGCGUGCAGUAAGCUACAAUGUGGACCAAACGCACUUUGUGUGUCGGAUGAUCAUCGCUCGACCUGCAUUUGUGCGAGCGGAUACGUUGGAAGUCCGGGAGACCUGACGCUUGGAUGCCAACGAGAAGCAACAAAGAUUGUUGAAGGCUGUAAGGACGACAGCGAAUGCAGUGGUGGGAAAAUCUGCGCCUUGACGGAAACUGGACUGCGAUCGUGCGUCAACCCAUGCAGCGUUGUGGAAUGUGGAGUUAACGAAGUGUGCAAAGCUGAUGAUCACAACAACCCUAUCUGUCAUUGUCAGGAUGGAUUCGUCUGGAAUCCGGUUGCGUCAGCAUGCGAGAAGCCAUCCAUCCCAGACUGUACGAGAGAUGAAGAUUGUCACCAAGUGGCGGCUUGCCGUCAAGAUGUUUUGGGAAUUCUCAAGUGUACGCCGGUAUGUGCGGAGUUUACGUGCCCGGCAAAUUCGGUUUGUGUAUCGUCGAAUCAUCGAGGAAGCUGUCAAUGCCUUCCAGGAUACACUGGAAAUCCGAACGACCGAAACGGAUGCCGUCCAGAGCUUCAGAACAAGUGUCUCACAAGCGCAGAAUGCGCCGAGUCGGACGCAUGUGUACAGCACGAUGGAGCGUUGAGAUGCCGACCGGCCUGCGAGAACAUUCAAUGUGGACCACACGCGAUUUGCAUUAGCAACAAUCACAACGGCCAGUGUCAGUGCCCACCAGGAUCUUACGCCGGGGAUCCAUACGAUCUCAAGAAAGGAUGCCAAUCGGUGCCGUGCGUCUACAACAACGACUGUCCACCAACGCAAAUGUGCAACCGAAUGACGCACACCUGUUUCGACAUUUGUACCGAGGAUACCUGCGGAGAGAACGCCGUGUGUAUAGCGGAGAACCAUCGAUCGCUGUGUCAGUGCCCGCCAGGGUACAAAGCGAACCCGAUCGCCGAUGUAGAAUGUACGCCGCUCAAGUCUUGCGAUCCGAGUCCGUGCCAUCCGUCGGCCAUUUGCGAAGCGGGACCAGACGGACACAUCUGCAAGUGCCCAGCGGAACAGGUGGGAGAUCCAAUGACCGGAUGUAGACCGGAGGGAGCCUGUCCCAACGGAGAUCUUCAGUGUCCGGAAAAUGCGGCUUGUGUGAACGGAAAGUGCGUCGAUCCGUGUACGAAUGCUUGCGGAAUCAACUCUAAAUGCACGGUCAUCAACCGAACACCGGUGUGCAGCUGUAAAGCAAAGUACGUGCCGGGAGUUAGCGGGACCGCAAGAGAUGGCUGCGUACGACUUGUCAGCGAAUGUUUGAGUGACUUGGAUUGUGGUGGUGAUGUUUGCCAAAACGGUCAAUGCAUGGUGGUUUGUCGUAACACGCAGGAUUGUUCGGGUGGCGAACGAUGCGUCAAUAACGUAUGCACGCAGCCCUGCUCAAGCCAUACCCAAUGCGGUGAUGGACAAGCUUGUAUCGCAGGAAGCUGCUUGCUCGGAUGUAGAAGCAACAAGGACUGUGACGGAGCGAAGGCCUGUAUCAACAGUAAGUGCAAGAAUCCGUGUGAAACGGAAGGAGCCUGCGGACCGAACGCCAUCUGUAGCUGUGUCAACCACAUUACGACAUGCAAAUGUCCAGCUGGAUUCGAAGGAAAUCCGAUUCCGGAACAAGGAUGCGUCAGAAUGCCAGCAUCUUGUACAACUUCGACAGAAUGCGCCGCCGGACACAUGUGUAUCGCAAAUCAGUGUAACUUGCCAUGCUCGGAAAAUACUGCUUGCGCAGUUGGAGAACGAUGCCACAACAACAUGUGCGCCAAGGUGUGCUACACGAACAACAACUGCCUGCCUGGAGAGGUUUGUAACGAAGCUGGAACGUGCCAGCCAGGCUGCAGCACGGAUACGGACUGUCCAUCGCAAAAGAUUUGUUUGGCAAGCAAGUGCAAGUGCAUGAAGGGAUUCAUUGGCACUCCGUUCGGAUGCACCGACAUUGAUGAAUGUACCGACGGUCCGUGCCACGAGAGUGCGCUGUGUGAGAACAUACCGGGAUCGUACCGAUGUGCUUGUCCGGAGGGAACGGUUGGAGACGCCUACUCGAAUCCGGGAUGUCGUCUUCCGAAUCAAUGCUACAAGAACGCCGAUUGCGCUGAGAACUUGGCUUGUGUUGAAGGAAAGUGCAAAGAUCCUUGCCAGACAGUCAAGUGUGGAGCUAAUGCCGAAUGUCAAAUUGUUGACCAUGAAGCCACAUGCCAGUGUCCCUCGGGACAUCUGGGCGAUGCAAGAGAUCAGACUGUUGGAUGCUUCCGCGUGGAAUGUUUGACCAGCGAGGAUUGUGGGUUGGAGCGACAGUGUCACAGCGAAUCGAACAAGUGUAUCAAUCCGUGUGAGUUUGUAGACUGCGGAAAGGGUGCUUGUCACAUCGAAAACCAUGAAGCCAUAUGUACGUGCUUCCAAGGAUACGACGUAAUUGGAGGACGAUGCGAAGACAUGGAUGAAUGUCAAACGAAUCCUUGCCAUGCAAGUGCGACGUGUCAGAAUACGCCUGGAAGCUACACGUGCUCGUGUCCUGAGGGAUUGGUUGGAGAUCCGAUCAACAGUGGAUGCAGAAGUCCAGACGAAUGUAUUACCAACUCGGACUGUCCAACUACGGCGAUUUGCGAAGCAGCACGAUGCAAGAACCCAUGUGACGUAAAGGAUGCUUGUGGACAGAACGCCGUUUGUAGUGCCGUUGCUCACGCAGCUGUCUGCGAGUGUGCGCCAAAUUCACGAGGGAAUCCUAAGAAGGGAUGCACCAAGAUUGAGUGUUCGGAAGCUAACGAUUGUUCAGCCAGCCAGACGUGUAUCAGGUACAAAUGUGUCGAUCCAUGUUCGCUAACCAAUGCUUGCGGACAAAGCGCUACUUGUGUAUCGGAGAAUCAUCUGGCCAUCUGCUCGUGUCAACCCGGAACAACUGGAAACCCGCUGCUGGGAUGUGUCCCACUGCAGUACUGUAACAGCGAUCAGCAGUGUCCUGCCGGAACGAAGUGUAGUGCGGGUGUGUGCAGUGCACUGUGCUCGACCAAUCGGGAAUGUAUCAGCGAUCAGCUGUGUAUACAGGGAGUGUGCCAGCCGACGUGCAAGACCAACUCUAGCUGCCCGGACUUCCAGUUCUGCCAGAACAACAUCUGCACGCAGGAGUUCAGGUGCCGAACGGAUGAUGAUUGUGACAUUGACGAAAACUGCGUUGUGGACUCAACUGGACGGUCCGAGUGUAUCAACGCAUGUUCGGGACGUACUCUGUGCGGGAGGAACGCGGAGUGUUCCGCCAGGGAUCACUCGGCAGUUUGCGACUGCAAGCCAGGAUACUACCAGGACAAGUCCGGGACGUGUAGAAAGAUAGAAUGUCAAUCGGACGAAGAUUGCUCAUCGGACAAGACUUGCGAGAACCAUACUUGUAAAAUUGCAUGCUUGAUUGGAGAGCCUUGCGGAGCGAAUGCGCUAUGUUCAGCGGAGAACCACAAACAAGUGUGCUAUUGUCAACCGGGAUUCACCGGAGAUCCAAAGACUGGAUGUAAUUUAAUCGACUUCUGUAAGGAAUCACCAUGCGGACCAAACGCCAAGUGUAGAAACAGUCGCGGAUCGUACAGAUGCUCGUGCUCAGCUGGAUUGGUUGGUGAUCCUUACAAUACCGGCUGCAAGAAGGCAGCCGAAUGUGAAACGAACGCCGAUUGUCCCGACAAUGCCGAGUGUAGCCAAGCGGGCGGAGAGCCCAAAUGUAGAGACGUUUGCGAAAGCGUGCAGUGCAGUCCGAACGCCGAAUGUCAGCCAAGAAAUCACCAAGCCGUUUGCCAGUGCCGUAGUGGGUACGAAGGCAAUCCGACGGAUCUGCUGAACGGUUGCAAAGCACUGCCUCUGCCGUGCAAGCUGAACAAUGACUGCCCGGAAGAUUCGUACUGCUACGGACAAGUGUGCAAACCUGCUUGCACCGCGACCGAGGAGUGCAACCAGGACGAGAUCUGCGCGAAGGGCCAGUGCGUGAACCCGUGCCAGGAGGCCGGCUCGGCCUGCGGCAUGAACGCCGAGUGCCGGAUGGCUGGCCACUUUAAACAGUGCUCAUGCCCAGCCGGUUUCACCGGCGAUCCCGCGCUCGAGUGCGUCCGCGUGCCCGUGCUGUGCAGCUCCAGUGCCGACUGCGCCCCGGGGAUGGCCUGCCACGAGUCGAUGUGUUUGCCGCGCUGCGGCGCGGACCAGGAGUGCGCGCUCAACGAGAAGUGCAUCGGAGGCCAGUGCAUGCUGACGUGCCGCCUGGACAACGACUGCUUCCUGGGCCACAUCUGCCUGAACGGACGAUGCGUGUACGGAUGCCAUUCGGACGACGACUGUGGUGCUAGUGAAACGUGUCGCAACAACCGCUGCACGGAUCCGUGCCGCGAUAGUCCGUGCGGUCCGAACGCGGCCUGCACGGUCGUGAACCAUCGAGCGAGCUGUUCGUGCAUCAACGGAAUGGUUCCGAGUCCGACGGCCAAGAUCGGCUGUAUUCGGGCGCCGGCGCUGCAGUGUACCGAGAACCGAGACUGCACGGACGGAACUUCGUGUAUCGAGAACGUGUGCCGACCGAUUUGUGCCAACGAUCAGGGAUGCCUGAACAACGAACGAUGCGAUCGAGGAACUUGCAAGCCGAUUUGUCGACGAGAUGACGACUGCCGUACUGGAGAAGUAUGCCAGGGACAGACGUGUAUGAUUGGAUGCCGGUCGAACGCGGGAUGUCCGGCUGAGCUGGCCUGUGUGAAUCAGCAAUGCGUUGAUCCAUGCCAGGAGCCGACGGCUUGUGGAACGAACGCCAUCUGUACGGUAGCGAAUCACCGCAAGCAGUGCGUCUGUCCGGCUCCACUAGUCGGAGAUCCCCUGGUGGGAUGCCGAGCGGAGGAGCGAUCUUGUCAAGCGAGAAGUGACUGCGCCAAGGGACAAGCUUGCUACGGAAAUACGUGUAUGCAGACUUGCAGAAACGAUCAAAACUGCCUGGCAGAUGAACGCUGUAUUCGAGGAACGUGCCGAACGGUGUGCAACAGCGACGCUUCGUGCUCGAACGGGCUGAUCUGCGAGAACCGAAUCUGCCAGACCGGAUGCAGAACCGACAACAACUGCCCGAACAAUCAGGCCUGUAUCAACAAGCAGUGUACGGAUCCUUGCACGGUACUUGGACAGUGUGGUUCAUGCUCGGAGUGUACGGUGGUGAACCACGGAGUUCAGUGCAGCUGCCCAAGUGGAUACCUCGGUAAUCCGCUGGUGUCUUGCGCGCCACCGCCGCAAAAAUGCAACUCGUACUGCUACUGUGACGAAGAAGGAAUUUACUGCGCUGACAAGUGUCGACAAGCCAAGGACUGUGCGUGCGGACAAACCUGCCAACGCGGCAGAUGCCGUGCCAAGUGUAAUCCGGGAUCGUGUCCAGCUGGACAGCUUUGUCAAAAUGGAGCCUGCAUGGCCGGAUGUCGAUCGAACGCGGACUGUCCUGGAGAGAGAUCGUGUACGAAUAAGAAGUGUAUCGACCCUUGCGCCGGAGGAAAGGCCUGUGGAAAGAACGCCAUCUGCCAGGUUGCCGAUCACCAGGCGCUGUGCCUGUGUCCGGACGGAUUCCAGGGUGAUCCUCGGGAAGGAUGUGUCCAAUACGAAUGCCAAACGAACGUAGACUGCGAACUGGACAAGAAGUGUGUCGCCGGAAAGUGUACCAACCCGUGCCUGGAGCACGACGCGUGCGGCUUGAAUGCUCAGUGUCGCGUCGUGAACCGCCAGGCUCAGUGCUCGUGCACGCCCGGAUUCUUCGGAAACGCCCGCCAGGAGUGCCAGCCGCUGCAGAAGCACAGCUGUUCGCAGAAUCCGUGCGGAGAGAACACCGUCUGUCGCGAGGAUGCCAACGGGUACGAGUGCACGUGUCAACCGGGCUGCAUGGGAGAUCCACGCCAGGGCUGCCUGUGCGAGGGUAAGCAGACCAACAAGUGCCACGAGUUCCCCUGCGGAAAGAAGGCCGUGUGCCGUGUUACGGCGUACGAUCAACCCGAGUGCUACUGCCCGCCGCUGUACCCGGGAGGCGAUCCGUAUGUUGAAUGUACGAACGAAAGAACCGUCACCGACUGUCGAACGACCGGCUGCGCCGAAGGCGAAUGCGUUCGAGACGGCACGCAAUUUAUCUGCCGCAACGGUAAGUGGCCACCACUUUCAUCCCGUAGACUCGAACCAGUAUUGUUAUCGUUAUUUUGUUUAGAGUUUGUCUCUUUUAAUUUACCUUCAUACCAAACCAAAGUGAUGGCCAACUUUAACCAGGUGGUGCUGCGUAAAACUCUACGCACCCAGCUCGAGCGGUUCGGAACGCAAAGAACGAUUGCGUUUGCCACGGCAUGCCGGUGUAUGCCGACCGCUUCGGCUUCCUCUCCCGGCCAUAGGCUGCAACCGGUGAACGGAUCGCCGGUGUAUCCUUCCUCGCACGAACAGCUCGGCGUGUGGUUCACCACGGUACACUUGGCGUUGAGGCCGCACGAACCGGGGCACGGGUCGGUACACUUUUGCCGAAUGCACGCCUGGUUCUGGGCACAUUCCGUGCUGAGCACGCACUCGGGCCGGCAGUUGGGUGGCGAUCCGAUCAACGAACAGUCUGUUUGUUCAUGCUUGCCCACUUAUAUCGGAUCUCCUCCUGGAUGUCGUCCAGAAUGCGUAACCAGUUCUGAGUGUGCAAUGGACAAAGCAUGCAUCAACCAAAGAUGCACUGAUCCGUGCCCCGGAACAUGCGGAAACAACGCAAGAUGUAACGUUAACAAUCAUAGUCCCAUUUGCUCGUGUCGUUCCGGAUACACCGGAGAUCCAUUCACAAGAUGCUAUCCCAACCCACCUCCACCACAAGACACUCAUGUCGUUGUCCGUGAUCCUUGCGUACCAUCUCCCUGUGGAUCGAAUGCUCAGUGUAGAAACAUCAAUGGAGUUCCUUCCUGCUCUUGUCUAGUCAAUUACAUUGGAGCUCCACCGAACUGUCGACCAGAGUGUACCAUCAACGCGGAAUGUCCAAGCAAUCAAGCAUGUAUGAAUGAAAAGUGCAGAGACCCAUGCCCUGGAUCAUGCGGAAUCGGUGCAAGAUGUAACGUAAUCAAUCAUACUCCGAUUUGCACUUGUGAGUCUGGAUAUACCGGAGACCCGUUCACGAACUGUUACCCUGAACCACCUCCACCACGAGAGCCUGUUCGUGAUGAUCCUUGCAAUCCAUCUCCAUGUGGACCAAACGCACAAUGCAACAAUGGAAUCUGCUCUUGCCUGCCUGAAUACCAAGGAGAUCCAUACCAAGGUUGUAGACCUGAAUGUGUUCUUAAUUCGGACUGUCCUCGUGAUAGGGCUUGUAUUCGAAGCAAAUGUAUCGAUCCUUGUCCUGGAACAUGCGGACAAGAUGCAAUCUGCGAAGUUAUCAACCACAUUCCAAUGUGUAGCUGUCCAAACGGAAUGGCCGGAAAUGCCUUCGUACAAUGCAGACCACAACAAGCUCCACCAGUAACAAACUCAUGCAAUCCAUCUCCAUGUGGACCAAACAGUCAAUGCCGGGAGAUCAACGGACAAGCAGUAUGCUCAUGCGUACCCGGAUUCAUUGGAAGUCCACCGACCUGCAGACCUGAAUGUGUUGUCAGCUCUGAAUGUCCACAAAACCAAGCUUGCAACAAUCAGAAGUGUCGAGAUCCUUGUCCCGGAACAUGUGGAGUUGGGGCUAGAUGCUCGGUUGUCAAUCACAAUCCAAUCUGUAGUUGUCCAGAACGAUUCACUGGAGAUCCGUUUGUCCGUUGUCAGCCCAUCAUUGAAACUCCUGUUCAAAUGACCCCUGUCAACCCUUGCCAACCAAAUCCUUGUGGUCCAAAUGCCGAGUGUCGGCCAGUGGGUGAUUCGCCAUCUUGCACAUGCUUGGAUAACAUGAUCGGUUCUCCGCCAAACUGUCGUCCAGAAUGCAUCAGUAAUUCUGAGUGUGCCAGCAACCUGGCAUGCAUCCGACAAAAGUGUCAAGAUCCUUGCACUGGAGCAUGUGGAGCCAAUGCAGAGUGCAGAGUUGUCAGUCACACACCCAUGUGUAUAUGCUCGAUUGGCUUCACCGGAGAUCCAUUCACUCAAUGUUUGCCGGUUCAACAAGAUGUACCGAGGGAACCAAGUUCUCCCUGUACACCAAGCCCAUGCGGAGCCAACGCAAACUGUAGAGAACAGAACGGAGCUGGUUCAUGUACUUGUAUUGAGGAUCAUUUCGGAAACCCAUACGAAGGAUGUCGUCCAGAAUGUGUUUUGAACUCCGACUGUCCUUCAAACAGAGCAUGUGUCAGAAACAAAUGCCAAGAUCCAUGUCCUGGAACAUGCGGACAGAAUGCCAACUGUCAAGUUGUAAAUCAUUUGCCUUCCUGCUCUUGCUACGAUGGAUAUGAGGGAGAUCCAUUUAGAUUUUGUAACAUGGUGCAAAGAGAUCCUACUCCCCAAUAUGUCAACCCAUGCCAACCAAGCCCAUGCGGCCCCAACAGUCAAUGUCGGGAGAUUAACGGGCAGGCUGUUUGUUCAUGUUUGCCCACUUAUAUUGGAUCUCCACCUGGAUGUCGACCGGAAUGUGUCACCAGUUCCGAGUGUCCUUUGGAUAGGGCAUGUGUCAACCAGAAAUGUGUCGAUCCUUGUCCAGGAACGUGCGGCACUAAUGCAAGAUGCAAUGUCAACAAUCAUAGUCCCAUCUGCUCUUGUCAAUCCGGAUAUACUGGAGAUCCAUUCACACGAUGUUAUCCCAACCCACCUCCACCACAAGACACUCAAAUCGUUGUCCGUGAUCCUUGCGUACCAUCUCCGUGCGGUCCCAACUCGCAAUGUAGAAAUAUCAAUGGAGUUCCUUCCUGCUCUUGUCUCGUCAAUUACAUUGGAUCUCCACCCAACUGUCGACCAGAGUGUACCAUCAACGCGGAAUGUCCAAGCAAUCAAGCAUGUAUGAAUGAAAAGUGCAGAGACCCAUGCCCUGGAUCAUGCGGAAUCGGUGCAAGAUGUAACGUAAUCAAUCAUACUCCGAUUUGCACUUGUGAGUCUGGAUAUACCGGAGACCCGUUCACGAACUGUUACCCAGAACCACCUCCACCACGAGAGCCUGUUCGUGAUGAUCCUUGCAAUCCAUCUCCAUGUGGACCAAAUGCUCAAUGCAACAAUGGAAUCUGCUCAUGCCUGCCUGAAUACCAAGGAGAUCCAUACCAAGGUUGUAGACCUGAAUGUGUUCUUAAUUCGGACUGUCCUCGUGAUAGGUCUUGUAUUCGAAGCAAAUGUAUCGAUCCUUGUCCUGGAACAUGCGGACAAGAUGCGAUCUGCGAAGUUAUCAACCACAUUCCAAUGUGUAGCUGUCCAAACGGAAUGGCCGGAAAUGCCUUCGUACAAUGCAGACCACAACAAGCUCCACCAGUAACAAACCCAUGCAAUCCAUCUCCAUGUGGACCAAACAGUCAAUGCCGGGAGAUCAACGGACAAGCAGUAUGCUCAUGCGUACCCGGAUUCAUUGGAAGUCCACCGACCUGCAGACCUGAAUGUGUUGUCAGCUCUGAAUGUCCACAAAACCAAGCUUGCAACAAUCAGAAGUGUCGAGAUCCUUGUCCCGGAACAUGUGGAGUUGGGGCUAGAUGCUCGGUUGUCAAUCACAAUCCAAUCUGUAGUUGUCCAGAACGAUUCACUGGAGAUCCGUUUGUCCGUUGUCAGCCCAUCAUUGAAACUCCUGUUCAAAUGACCCCUGUCAACCCUUGCCAACCAAAUCCUUGUGGUCCAAAUGCCGAGUGUCGGCCAGUGGGUGAUUCGCCAUCUUGCACAUGCUUGGAUAACAUGAUCGGUUCUCCGCCAAACUGUCGUCCAGAAUGCAUCAGUAAUUCUGAGUGUGCCAGCAACCUGGCAUGCAUCCGACAAAAGUGUCAAGAUCCUUGCACUGGAGCAUGUGGAGCCAAUGCAGAGUGCAGAGUUGUCAGUCACACACCCAUGUGUAUAUGCUCGAUUGGCUUCACCGGAGAUCCAUUCACUCAAUGUUUGCCGGUUCAACAAGAUGUACCGAGGGAACCAAGUUCUCCCUGUACACCAAGCCCAUGUGGAGCCAACGCAAACUGUAGAGAACAGAACGGAGCUGGUUCAUGUACUUGUAUUGAGGACCAUUUUGGAAACCCAUACGAAGGAUGUCGUCCAGAAUGUGUUUUGAACUCCGACUGUCCUUCAAACAGAGCAUGUGUCAGAAACAAAUGCCAAGAUCCAUGCCCUGGAACAUGCGGACAGAAUGCCAACUGUCAAGUUGUAAAUCAUUUGCCUUCCUGCUCUUGCUACGAUGGAUAUGAGGGAGAUCCAUUUAGAUUUUGUAACAUGGUGCAAAGAGAUCCUACUCCCCAAUAUGUCAACCCAUGCCAACCAAGCCCAUGCGGCCCCAACAGUCAAUGUCGGGAGAUUAACGGGCAGGCUGUUUGCUCAUGUUUGCCCACUUAUAUCGGAUCUCCACCUGGAUGUCGACCGGAAUGUGUCACCAGUUCCGAGUGUCCUUUGGAUAGGGCAUGUGUCAACCAGAAAUGUGUCGAUCCAUGUCCAGGAACAUGUGGCACUAAUGCAAGAUGCAAUGUCAACAAUCAUAGUCCCAUCUGCUCUUGUCAAUCCGGAUAUACUGGAGAUCCAUUCACACGAUGUUAUCCCAACCCACCUCCACCACAAGACACUCAAAUCGUUGUCCGUGAUCCUUGCGUACCAUCUCCGUGCGGUCCCAACUCGCAAUGUAGAAAUAUCAAUGGAGUUCCUUCCUGCUCAUGUCUAGUCAAUUACAUUGGAUCUCCACCGAACUGUCGACCAGAGUGUACCAUCAACGCGGAAUGUCCAAGCAAUCAAGCAUGUAUGAAUGAAAAGUGCAGAGACCCAUGCCCUGGAUCAUGCGGAAUCGGUGCAAGAUGUAACGUGAUCAAUCAUACUCCAAUUUGCACUUGUGAGUCUGGAUACACUGGAGACCCGUUCACGAACUGUUACCCUGAACCACCUCCACCACGAGAGCCUGUUCGUGAUGAUCCUUGUAAUCCAUCUCCAUGUGGACCAAAUGCACAAUGCAACAAUGGAAUCUGCUCAUGCCUGCCUGAAUACCAAGGAGAUCCAUACCAAGGUUGUAGACCCGAAUGUGUUCUUAAUUCGGACUGUCCUCGUGAUAGGGCUUGUAUUCGAAGCAAAUGUAUCGAUCCUUGUCCUGGGACAUGUGGACAAGAUGCUAUCUGCGAAGUUAUCAAUCACAUUCCAAUGUGUAGCUGUCCAAACGGAAUGGCCGGAAAUGCCUUCGUACAAUGCAGACCACAACAAGCUCCACCAGUAACAAACCCAUGCAAUCCAUCUCCAUGUGGACCAAACAGUCAAUGCCGGGAGAUCAACGGACAAGCAGUAUGCUCAUGCGUACCCGGAUUCAUUGGAAGUCCACCGACCUGCAGACCGGAAUGUGUUGUCAGCUCUGAAUGUCCACAAAACCAAGCUUGCAACAAUCAGAAGUGUCGAGAUCCUUGUCCCGGAACAUGUGGAGUUGGAGCUAGAUGCUCAGUUGUCAAUCAUAAUCCAAUCUGUAGCUGUCCAGAACGAUUCACUGGAGAUCCGUUUGUCCGUUGUCAGCCAAUCAUUGAAACUCCUGUUCAAAUGACCCCUGUCAACCCUUGCCAACCCAAUCCUUGUGGUCCAAAUGCCGAGUGUCGACCCGUUGGUGAUUCGCCAUCUUGCACAUGCUUGGAUAACAUGAUCGGUUCUCCGCCAAACUGUCGUCCAGAAUGCAUCAGUAAUUCUGAGUGUGCCAGCAACCUGGCAUGCAUCCGACAAAAGUGUCAAGAUCCUUGCACUGGAGCAUGUGGAGCCAAUGCAGAGUGCAGAGUUGUCAGUCACACACCCAUGUGUAUAUGCUCGAUUGGCUUCACCGGAGAUCCAUUCACUCAAUGUUUGCCGGUUCAACAAGAUGUGCCGAGGGAACCAAGUUCUCCCUGUACACCAAGCCCAUGUGGAGCCAACGCAAACUGUAGAGAACAGAACGGAGCUGGUUCAUGUACUUGUAUUGAGGACCAUUUCGGAAAUCCAUACGAAGGAUGUCGUCCAGAAUGUGUUUUGAACUCCGACUGUCCUUCAAACAGAGCAUGUGUCAGAAACAAAUGCCAAGAUCCAUGCCCUGGGACAUGCGGACAGAACGCCAAUUGCCAAGUGGUGAACCAUCUGCCAUCGUGUACUUGUAUUCCUGGUUACGAGGGAGAUCCGUUCAGAUUCUGUAACAUUCGACAGCGGGAACCAAUUCAACAAUACGUCAAUCCAUGCCAGCCAAGUCCAUGCGGCCCCAACAGUCAAUGUCGGGAGAUUAACGGGCAGGCUGUUUGCUCAUGUUUGCCCACUUAUAUCGGAUCUCCACCUGGAUGUCGACCGGAAUGUGUCACCAGUUCCGAGUGUCCUUUGGAUAGGGCAUGUGUCAACCAGAAAUGUGUCGAUCCUUGUCCAGGAACGUGCGGCACUAAUGCAAGAUGCAAUGUCAACAAUCAUAGUCCCAUCUGCUCUUGUCAAUCCGGAUAUACUGGAGAUCCAUUCACACGAUGUUAUCCCAACCCACGUAAUAAAUUCAAACUGACAUUGGCUAAAUUGAAGCACCACGCACACAAAUCAAUUAUAAAAGAAAUUAAACUAAACAAAAUCAAACCAAACUUCACAGCAAUUCAACAAUACGUCAAUCCAUGCCAGCCAAGUCCAUGCGGCCCCAACAGUCAAUGUCGGGAGAUUAACGGGCAGGCUGUUUGCUCAUGUUUGCCCACUUAUAUCGGAUCUCCACCUGGAUGUCGACCGGAAUGUGUCACCAGUUCCGAGUGUCCUUUGGAUAGGGCAUGUGUCAACCAGAAAUGUGUCGAUCCUUGUCCAGGAACGUGCGGCACUAAUGCAAGAUGCAAUGUCAACAAUCAUAGUCCCAUCUGCUCUUGUCAAUCCGGAUAUACUGGAGAUCCAUUCACACGAUGUUAUCCCAACCCACCUCCACCACAAGACACUCAAGUCGUUGUCCGGGAUCCCUGUGUUCCUUCACCAUGUGGUCCCAAUUCGCAAUGUAGAAAUAUCAAUGGAGUUCCUUCCUGCUCUUGUCUAGUCAAUUACAUUGGAUCUCCACCCAACUGUCGACCAGAGUGUACCAUCAACGCGGAAUGUCCAAGCAAUCAAGCAUGUAUGAAUGAAAAGUGCAGAGACCCAUGCCCUGGAUCAUGCGGAAUCGGUGCAAGAUGUAACGUAAUCAAUCAUACUCCGAUUUGCACUUGUGAGUCUGGAUAUACCGGAGACCCGUUCACGAACUGUUACCCAGAACCACCUCCACCACGAGAGCCUGUCCGUGAUGAUCCUUGCAAUCCAUCUCCAUGUGGACCAAAUGCUCAAUGCAACAAUGGAAUCUGCACAUGCCUGCCUGAAUACCAAGGAGACCCAUACCAAGGGUGUAGACCUGAAUGUGUUCUCAAUUCGGACUGUCCUCGUGAUAGGGCUUGUAUUCGAAGCAAAUGUAUCGAUCCUUGUCCUGGAACAUGUGGACAAGAUGCAAUAUGCGAGGUUAUCAACCACAUUCCAAUGUGUAGCUGUCCGAAUGGAAUGGCCGGAAAUGCAUUCGUACAAUGCAGACCACAACAAGCUCCACCAGUAACAAAUCCAUGCAAUCCAUCUCCAUGUGGACCAAACAGUCAAUGCCGGGAGAUCAACGGACAAGCAGUAUGCUCAUGCGUACCCGGAUUCAUUGGAAGUCCACCGACCUGCAGACCUGAAUGUGUUGUCAGCUCUGAGUGUCCACAAAACCAAGCUUGCAACAAUCAGAAGUGUCGAGAUCCUUGUCCCGGAACAUGUGGAGUUGGGGCUAGAUGCUCGGUUGUCAAUCACAAUCCAAUCUGUAGCUGUCCAGAACGAUUCACUGGAGAUCCGUUUAUCCGUUGUCAGCCCAUCAUUGAAACUCCUGUUCAAAUGACCCCUGUCAAUCCUUGCCAACCCAAUCCUUGUGGUCCGAAUGCCGAGUGUCGACCCGUGGGUGAUUCACCGUCUUGUACAUGCUUGGAUAACAUGAUUGGAUCUCCACCAAACUGUCGUCCAGAAUGCAUCAGCAAUUCUGAGUGUGCCAGCAAUCUUGCUUGUAUUCGACAAAAGUGCCAAGAUCCUUGCACUGGAGCAUGUGGAGCUAAUGCAGAGUGCAGAGUUGUCAGUCACACACCCAUGUGUAUAUGCUCGAUUGGCUUCACCGGAGAUCCAUUCACUCAAUGUUUGCCGGUUCAACAAGAUGUACCGAGAGAACCAAGUUCUCCCUGUACACCAAGCCCAUGCGGAGCCAACGCAAACUGUAGAGAACAGAACGGAGCUGGUUCAUGUACUUGUAUCGAGGACCAUUUUGGAAACCCAUACGAAGGAUGUCGUCCAGAAUGUGUUUUGAACUCCGACUGUCCUUCAAACAGAGCAUGUGUCAGAAACAAAUGCCAAGAUCCAUGCCCUGGAACAUGCGGACAGAACGCCAAUUGCCAAGUGGUGAACCAUCUGCCAUCGUGUACUUGCAUUCCUGGUUACGAGGGAGAUCCGUUCCGAUUUUGCAAUAUUCAACAACGAGAACCAAUUCAACAAUACGUCAAUCCAUGCCAGCCAAGUCCAUGCGGCCCCAACAGUCAAUGUCGGGAGAUUAACGGGCAGGCUGUUUGCUCAUGUUUGCCCACUUAUAUCGGAUCUCCACCUGGAUGUCGACCGGAAUGUGUCACCAGUUCCGAGUGUCCUUUGGAUAGGGCAUGUGUCAACCAGAAAUGUGUCGAUCCAUGUCCAGGAACAUGUGGCACUAAUGCAAGAUGCAAUGUCAACAAUCAUAGUCCCAUCUGCUCUUGUCAAUCCGGAUAUACUGGAGAUCCAUUCACACGAUGUUAUCCCAACCCACCUCCACCACAAGACACUCAAGUCGUUGUCCGGGAUCCCUGUGUUCCUUCACCAUGUGGUCCCAAUUCGCAAUGUAGAAAUAUCAAUGGAGUUCCUUCCUGCUCUUGUCUAGUCAAUUACAUUGGAUCUCCACCCAACUGUCGACCAGAGUGUACCAUCAACGCGGAAUGUCCAAGCAAUCAAGCAUGUAUGAAUGAAAAGUGCAGAGAUCCAUGCCCUGGAUCAUGCGGAAUCGGUGCAAGAUGUAACGUGAUCAAUCAUACUCCAAUCUGCACUUGUGAAUCUGGAUACACCGGAGACCCAUUCACGAACUGUUACCCUGAACCACCUCCACCACGAGAGCCUGUUCGUGAUGAUCCUUGCAAUCCAUCUCCAUGUGGACCAAAUGCUCAAUGCAACAAUGGAAUCUGCUCAUGCCUGCCUGAAUACCAAGGAGAUCCAUACCAAGGUUGUAGACCUGAAUGUGUUCUUAAUUCGGACUGUCCUCGUGAUAGGUCUUGUAUUCGAAGCAAAUGUAUCGAUCCUUGUCCUGGAACAUGCGGACAAGAUGCGAUCUGCGAAGUUAUCAACCACAUUCCAAUGUGUAGCUGUCCAAACGGAAUGGCCGGAAAUGCCUUCGUACAAUGCAGACCACAACAAGCUCCACCAGUAACAAACCCAUGCAAUCCAUCUCCAUGUGGACCAAACAGUCAAUGCCGGGAGAUCAACGGACAAGCAGUAUGCUCAUGCGUACCCGGAUUCAUUGGAAGUCCACCGACCUGCAGACCUGAAUGUGUUGUCAGCUCUGAGUGUCCACAAAACCAAGCUUGCAACAAUCAGAAGUGUCGAGAUCCUUGUCCCGGAACAUGUGGAGUUGGGGCUAGAUGCUCGGUUGUCAAUCACAAUCCAAUCUGUAGCUGUCCAGAACGAUUCACUGGAGAUCCGUUUGUCCGUUGUCAGCCCAUCAUUGAAACUCCUGUUCAAAUGACCCCUGUCAACCCUUGCCAACCCAAUCCUUGUGGUCCAAAUGCCGAGUGUCGGCCAGUGGGUGAUUCGCCAUCUUGCACAUGCUUGGAUAACAUGAUCGGUUCUCCGCCAAACUGUCGUCCAGAAUGCAUCAGUAAUUCUGAGUGUGCCAGCAAUCUUGCAUGCAUCCGACAAAAGUGUCAAGAUCCUUGCACUGGAGCAUGUGGAGCCAAUGCAGAGUGCAGAGUUGUCAGUCACACACCCAUGUGUAUAUGCUCGAUUGGCUUUACCGGAGAUCCAUUCACUCAAUGUCUGCCGGUUCAACAAGAUGUGCCGAGGGAACCAAGUUCUCCCUGUACACCAAGCCCAUGUGGAGCCAACGCAAACUGUAGAGAGCAGAACGGAGCUGGUUCAUGUACCUGUAUUGAGGACCAUUUCGGAAACCCAUACGAAGGAUGUCGUCCAGAAUGUGUUUUGAACUCCGACUGUCCUUCAAACAGAGCAUGUGUCAGAAACAAAUGCCAAGAUCCAUGCCCUGGGACAUGCGGACAGAACGCCAACUGCCAAGUGGUGAACCAUCUGCCAUCGUGUACUUGCAUUCCUGGUUACGAGGGAGAUCCGUUCAGAUUUUGCAAUAUUCAACAGCGAGAACCUGUUACUCAGUAUGUCAAUCCAUGUCAACCAAGUCCAUGCGGCCCCAACAGUCAAUGUCGGGAGAUUAACGGGCAGGCUGUUUGCUCAUGUUUGCCCACUUAUAUCGGAUCUCCACCUGGAUGUCGACCGGAAUGUGUCACCAGUUCCGAGUGUCCUUUGGAUAGGGCAUGUGUCAACCAGAAAUGUGUCGAUCCAUGUCCAGGAACAUGUGGCACUAAUGCAAGAUGCAAUGUCAACAAUCAUAGUCCCAUCUGCUCUUGUCAAUCCGGAUAUACUGGAGAUCCAUUCACACGAUGUUAUCCCAACCCACCUCCACCACAAGACACUCAAGUCGUUGUCCGGGAUCCCUGUGUUCCUUCACCAUGUGGUCCCAAUUCGCAAUGUAGAAAUAUCAAUGGAGUUCCUUCCUGCUCUUGUCUAGUCAAUUACAUUGGAUCUCCACCCAACUGUCGACCAGAGUGUACCAUCAACGCGGAAUGUCCAAGCAAUCAAGCAUGUAUGAAUGAAAAGUGCAGAGACCCAUGCCCUGGAUCAUGCGGAAUCGGUGCAAGAUGUAACGUAAUCAAUCAUACUCCGAUUUGCACUUGUGAAUCUGGAUACACCGGAGACCCAUUCACGAACUGUUACCCUGAACCACCUCCACCACGAGAGCCUGUUCGUGAUGAUCCUUGUAAUCCAUCUCCAUGUGGACCAAAUGCUCAAUGCAACAAUGGAAUCUGCUCAUGCCUGCCUGAAUACCAAGGAGAUCCAUACCAAGGUUGUAGACCUGAAUGUGUUCUUAAUUCGGACUGUCCUCGUGAUAGGGCUUGUAUUCGAAGCAAAUGUAUCGAUCCUUGUCCUGGAACAUGUGGUCAAAAUGCGAUCUGCGAAGUCAUCAAUCACAUUCCAAUGUGUAGCUGUCCGAAUGGAAUGGCCGGAAAUGCAUUCGUACAAUGCAGACCACAACAAGCUCCACCAGUAACAAAUCCAUGCAAUCCAUCUCCAUGUGGACCAAACAGUCAAUGUCGGGAGAUCAACGGACAAGCAGUAUGCUCAUGCGUACCCGGAUUCAUUGGAAGUCCACCGACCUGCAGACCGGAAUGUGUUGUCAGCUCUGAAUGUCCACAAAACCAAGCUUGCAACAAUCAGAAGUGUCGAGAUCCUUGUCCCGGAACAUGUGGAGUUGGGGCUAGAUGCUCGGUUGUCAAUCACAAUCCAAUCUGUAGCUGUCCAGAACGAUUCACUGGAGAUCCGUUUGUCCGUUGUCAGCCCAUCAUUGAAACUCCUGUUCAAAUGACCCCUGUCAACCCUUGCCAACCCAAUCCUUGUGGUCCAAAUGCCGAGUGUCGACCCGUGGGUGAUUCGCCAUCUUGCACAUGCUUGGAUAACAUGAUCGGUUCUCCACCAAACUGUCGUCCGGAAUGCAUCAGCAAUUCUGAGUGUUCAAACAACCUCGCAUGUAUUCGACAGAAAUGUCAGAACCCUUGCAUAGGCGCUUGUGGUUUAAAUGCCGAAUGCAGAGUGGUCAGUCAUACUCCAAUGUGCAUAUGCACUGUUGGCUAUACUGGCGACCCAUUUACUCAAUGCAUGACAAUUCAGCAAGAUAUAAAUAGAGAUCCAGUUUCACCAUGUUCACCAAGUCCAUGUGGAGCGAAUGCAGUGUGCAAAGAGCAAAAUGGUGCUGGAUCUUGCUCGUGUAUUGAAGACCAUUUCGGUAAUCCCUAUGAAGGAUGCAGACCAGAGUGCGUAUUGAACUCUGACUGCCCUUCAAAUCGUGCAUGUAUUCGUAACAAAUGUCAAGAUCCUUGCCCCGGAACAUGUGGGCAAAAUGCUGAAUGCCAGGUUGUCAAUCACUUACCAUCUUGUACAUGCAACGUUGGUUACGAUGGAGAUCCUUUCCGGUUCUGCAACAUACAACAAAGAGAACCGGAACCAGUGUACAAAAACCCAUGCCAACCAAACCCUUGUGGCCCCAACAGUCAAUGUCGGGAGAUCAACGGGCAGGCUGUUUGCUCAUGUUUGCCCACUUAUAUCGGAUCUCCACCUGGAUGUCGACCGGAAUGUGUCACCAGUUCCGAGUGUCCUUUGGAUAGGGCAUGUGUCAACCAGAAAUGUGUCGAUCCUUGUCCAGGAACAUGUGGCACUAAUGCAAGAUGCAAUGUCAACAAUCAUAGUCCCAUCUGCUCUUGUCAAUCCGGAUAUACUGGAGAUCCAUUCACACGAUGUUAUCCCAACCCACCUCCACCACAAGACACUCAAGUCGUUGUCCGGGAUCCCUGUGUUCCUUCGCCAUGUGGUCCCAACUCGCAAUGUAGAAAUAGCAAUGGAGUUCCUUCCUGCUCUUGUCUCGUCAAUUACAUUGGAUCUCCACCCAACUGUCGACCGGAGUGUACCAUCAACGCGGAAUGUCCAAGCAAUCAAGCAUGUAUGAAUGAAAAGUGCAGAGACCCAUGCCCUGGAUCAUGCGGAAUCGGUGCCAGAUGUAACGUGAUCAAUCAUACUCCAAUCUGCACUUGUGAAUCUGGAUACACCGGAGACCCAUUCACGAACUGUUACCCUGAACCACCUCCACCACGAGAGCCUGUUCGUGAUGAUCCUUGCAAUCCAUCUCCAUGUGGACCAAAUGCUCAAUGCAACAAUGGAAUCUGCACAUGCCUGCCUGAAUACCAAGGAGAUCCAUACCAAGGUUGUAGACCUGAAUGUGUUCUCAAUUCGGAUUGUCCUCGUGAUAGGGCUUGUAUUCGAAGCAAAUGUAUCGAUCCUUGUCCUGGGACAUGUGGACAAGAUGCUAUCUGCGAAGUUAUCAAUCACAUUCCAAUGUGUAGCUGUCCAAACGGAAUGGCCGGAAAUGCAUUCGUACAAUGCAGACCACAACAAGCUCCACCAGUAACAAACCCAUGCAAUCCAUCUCCAUGUGGACCAAACAGUCAAUGUCGGGAGAUCAACGGACAAGCAGUAUGCUCAUGCGUACCCGGAUUCAUUGGAAGUCCACCGACCUGCAGACCGGAAUGUGUCGUCAGCUCUGAGUGUCCACAAAACCAAGCUUGCAACAAUCAGAAGUGUCGAGAUCCUUGUCCCGGAACAUGUGGAGUUGGGGCUAGAUGCUCGGUUGUCAAUCACAAUCCAAUCUGUAGCUGUCCAGAACGAUUCACUGGAGAUCCGUUUGUCCGUUGUCAGCCCAUCAUUGAAACUCCUGUUCAAAUGACCCCUGUCAAUCCUUGCCAACCCAAUCCUUGUGGUCCGAAUGCCGAGUGUCGACCCGUGGGUGAUUCACCGUCUUGUACAUGCUUGGAUAACAUGAUCGGUUCUCCACCAAACUGUCGUCCGGAAUGCAUCAGUAAUUCUGAGUGUGCCAGCAAUCUUGCUUGCAUCCGACAAAAGUGUCAAGAUCCUUGCACUGGAGCAUGUGGAGCUAAUGCAGAAUGCAGAGUUGUCAGUCACACACCCAUGUGUAUCUGUUCUGUUGGCUACACGGGAGAUCCAUUUUCACAGUGUACCCUAGUCCAACAGGAUGUUCCAAGAGAACCAUCUUCACCAUGUAUGCCAAGUCCAUGUGGAGCUAAUGCAAUUUGUCGAGAGCAGAAUGGAGCUGGUUCUUGCACAUGUAUGGAUGAUCAUAUUGGUAAUCCCUAUGAAGGAUGCAGACCAGAGUGUGUUCUGAACUCGGACUGUCCGUCUGAUCGCGCUUGCAUUCGAAGCAAGUGUCAGGAUCCGUGCCCAGGAACUUGUGGGCAAAAUGCAGACUGCCAAGUUGUCAAUCAUUUACCAUCUUGUACCUGCAUUUCUGGAUAUGAAGGAGAUCCUUUCAGAUUCUGCAACAUCCAGCAAAGAGAACCGAUCCAACAAUACGUCAAUCCAUGCCAACCAAGUCCAUGCGGCCCCAACAGUCAAUGUCGGGAGAUCAACGGGCAGGCUGUUUGCUCAUGUUUGCCCACUUAUAUCGGAUCUCCACCUGGAUGUCGACCGGAAUGCGUCACCAGUUCCGAGUGUCCUUUGGAUAGGGCAUGUGUCAACCAGAAAUGUGUCGAUCCUUGUCCAGGAACAUGUGGCACUAAUGCAAGAUGCAAUGUCAACAAUCAUAGUCCCAUCUGCUCUUGCCAAUCCGGAUAUACAGGAGAUCCAUUCACACGAUGUUAUCCCAACCCACCUCCACCACAAGACACUCAAGUCGUUGUCCGGGAUCCCUGUGUUCCUUCGCCAUGUGGUCCCAAUUCGCAAUGUAGAAAUAUCAAUGGAGUUCCUUCCUGCUCUUGUCUAGUCAAUUACAUUGGAUCUCCACCCAACUGUCGACCAGAGUGUACCAUCAACGCGGAAUGUCCAAGCAAUCAAGCAUGUAUGAAUGAAAAGUGCAGAGAUCCAUGCCCUGGAUCAUGCGGCAUCGGUGCCAGAUGUAACGUAAUCAAUCAUACUCCAAUUUGCACAUGUGAGUCUGGAUACACCGGAGACCCGUUCACGAACUGUUACCCUGAACCACCUCCACCACGAGAGCCUGUCCGUGAUGAUCCUUGCAAUCCAUCUCCAUGUGGACCAAAUGCUCAAUGCAACAAUGGAAUCUGCACAUGCCUGCCCGAAUACCAAGGAGACCCAUACCAAGGUUGUAGACCUGAAUGUGUUCUCAAUUCGGAUUGUCCUCGAGACAAGGCUUGUAUUCGAAGCAAAUGUAUCGAUCCUUGUCCUGGAACAUGCGGACAAGAUGCAAUAUGUGAGGUCAUCAAUCACAUUCCAAUGUGUAGCUGUCCAAACGGAAUGGCCGGAAAUGCCUUCGUACAAUGCAGACCACAACAAGCUCCACCAGUAACAAACCCAUGCAAUCCAUCUCCAUGUGGACCAAACAGUCAAUGCCGGGAGAUCAACGGACAAGCAGUAUGCUCAUGCGUACCCGGAUUCAUUGGAAGUCCACCGACCUGCAGACCGGAAUGUGUUGUCAGCUCUGAGUGUCCACAAAACCAAGCUUGCAACAAUCAGAAGUGUCGAGAUCCCUGUCCCGGAACAUGUGGAGUUGGUGCUAGAUGCUCGGUUGUCAAUCAUAAUCCAAUCUGCAGCUGUCCAGAACGAUUCACUGGAGAUCCGUUUGUCCGUUGUCAGCCCAUCAUUGAAACUCCUGUUCAAAUGACCCCUGUCAAUCCUUGCCAACCCAAUCCUUGUGGUCCGAAUGCGGAGUGUCGGCCAGUGGGUGAUUCGCCAUCUUGCACAUGCUUGGAUAACAUGAUCGGUUCUCCGCCAAACUGUCGUCCAGAAUGCAUCAGUAAUUCUGAUUGUGCCAGCAAUCUUGCAUGCAUUCGACAAAAGUGCCAAGAUCCUUGCAUUGGAGCAUGUGGAGCCAAUGCAGAGUGCAGAGUUGUCAGUCACACACCCAUGUGUAUAUGCUCGAUUGGUUUCACCGGAGAUCCAUUCACUCAAUGUUUGCCGGUUCAACAAGAUGUGCCGAGGGAACCAAGUUCUCCCUGUACACCAAGCCCAUGCGGAGCCAACGCAAACUGUAGAGAACAGAACGGAGCAGGUUCAUGUACUUGUAUUGAGGACCAUUUCGGAAACCCAUACGAAGGAUGUCGUCCAGAAUGUGUUUUGAACUCCGACUGUCCUUCAAACAGAGCAUGUGUCAGAAACAAAUGCCAAGAUCCAUGCCCUGGAACAUGCGGACAGAACGCCAAUUGCCAAGUGGUGAACCAUCUGCCAUCGUGUACUUGCAUACCAGGUUACGAGGGAGAUCCGUUCCGAUUCUGCAAUAUUCAACAGCGAGAACCGCCAGUCUAUCAAAACCCGUGUCAACCAAACCCAUGUGGACCAAACAGUCAGUGCAGGGAAGUUAAUGGACAAGGAGUUUGCUCAUGUUUGCCCACUUAUAUCGGAUCUCCACCGGGAUGUCGUCCCGAAUGUGUCACAAGUUCGGAAUGUUCAUUGGACAAAGCUUGUGUCAACCAGAAAUGUGUCGAUCCAUGCCCGGGAGCAUGCGGGGCGAAUGCAAGAUGUAACGUCAACAAUCAUAGUCCCAUCUGCUCUUGUCAGUCUGGUUACACAGGAGAUCCAUUUACACGAUGCUAUCCUAAUCCACCACCACCGAAAGAUACUCCAGUUGCCAUUCGUGAUCCUUGCGUACCAUCUCCGUGCGGUCCCAACUCACAGUGUAGAAACAUCAAUGGAGUUCCAUCUUGCUCUUGUCUAGUCAAUUACAUUGGAUCUCCACCGAACUGUCGGCCCGAAUGUACCAUUAAUGCGGAAUGUCCAAGCAAUCAAGCAUGUAUGAAUGAAAAGUGCAGGGACCCAUGUCCUGGAUCAUGCGGAAUCGGUGCCAGAUGUAACGUGAUCAAUCAUACUCCGAUUUGCACAUGUGAGUCUGGAUACACCGGAGACCCGUUCACGAACUGUUACCCGGAACCACCUCCACCACGAGAGCCUGUCCGUGAUGAUCCUUGCAAUCCAUCUCCAUGUGGACCAAAUGCUCAAUGCAACAAUGGAAUCUGCUCAUGCCUGCCUGAAUACCAAGGAGACCCAUACCAAGGGUGUAGACCUGAAUGUGUUCUCAAUUCGGAUUGUCCUCGAGACAAGGCUUGUAUUCGAAGCAAAUGUAUCGAUCCUUGUCCUGGGACAUGCGGACAAGAUGCGAUCUGCGAAGUUGUCAAUCAUGUACCGGUUUGCAGCUGUCCGAACGGAAUGACUGGUAACGCUUUUGUACAAUGCAGACCACAACAAGCUCCUCCAGUAACGAACCCGUGCAAUCCGUCACCAUGUGGACCGAACAGUCAAUGCCGAGAGAUCAACGGACAAGCUGUUUGUUCGUGUGUGAUGGGAUUCAUAGGAAGUCCGCCAGCAUGCCGACCGGAAUGUGUCGUUAGCUCUGAAUGUCCACAAAAUCAAGCUUGUAACAAUCAGAAGUGUCGAGAUCCCUGUCCAGGAACAUGCGGAGUGGGCGCAAGAUGUACUGUUGUCAAUCACAAUCCAAUCUGCAGUUGUCCUGAACGUUUCACCGGGGAUCCAUUUGUCCGCUGUCAACCAAUCAUUGAACAACCUGUCCAAAUGACGCCCGUGAAUCCUUGUCAACCAAGUCCUUGUGGACCGAAUGCCGUUUGUAGACAAGUCGGUGAUUCACCUUCGUGUACAUGUUUGGAAGAAAUGAUUGGUGCUCCGCCAAAUUGUCGCCCAGAAUGCGUCAGUAAUACCGAAUGUGCCAGCAAUUUAGCUUGUAUUCGACAGAAAUGCCAGGAUCCGUGUUCGGGAGCUUGCGGUGCAAAUGCAGAGUGCAGGGUUGUCAGCCACACACCGGUCUGCAUUUGCUCAAUUGGAUACACUGGUGAUCCGUUCACUCAGUGCGUAGUCGUACAGCAGGACAUUCCUAGAGAACAGACUUCUCCGUGUACACCAAGUCCUUGCGGAGCCAAUGCAAACUGUAGAGAACAGAACGGAGCUGGUUCGUGUACCUGUAUUGAAGACUACUUUGGAAACCCAUACGAGGGUUGCCGGCCCGAAUGCGUACUAAACUCCGAUUGCGCCUCGAACCGUGCUUGCAUCAACAACAAAUGCAAAGAUCCGUGUCCUGGAACAUGCGGCCAGAACGCCGAAUGCCAAGUAGUCAACCAUUUGCCAUCAUGUACCUGCUUCGUAGGAUACGAAGGGGAUCCAUUCAGAUAUUGCGAUGUUCAGCAACGAGAACCGGUGAAGGAAUAUGUCAAUCCUUGCCAACCGAACCCAUGUGGGCCAAAUAGCCAAUGCCGAGAAAUCAAUGAACAGGCUGUUUGCUCGUGCUUGCCCACAUACAUUGGAUCUCCACCCGGAUGUCGACCGGAAUGUGUCACCAGUUCCGAGUGUUCUUUGGAUAAGGCCUGCAUCAAUCAGAAAUGUGUCGACCCUUGCCCAGGAACCUGUGGCACUAAUGCACGCUGUAAUGUGAACAACCACAGUCCAAUUUGCUCUUGUCAGUCAGGAUACACUGGAGAUCCCUUCACUCGUUGCUUCCCGAAUCCACCGCCUCCCAAAGACACUCCAGUUACGGUACGAGAUCCUUGUGUACCAUCUCCGUGUGGUCCCAAUUCACUUUGUAGGAACAUCAACGGAGUACCAUCGUGUACGUGUCAGUCCAAUUACAUCGGAUCACCUCCAAACUGUAGACCGGAGUGUACAAUAAACGCAGAAUGUCAAAGCAAUCAAGCUUGUAUGAAUGAGAAGUGCAGAGAUCCUUGCCCGGGAUCGUGUGGUGUUGGAGCUCUUUGCAAUGUAAUCAAUCACACACCAAUUUGUACAUGUCAGCAAGGAUACAUCGGAGAUCCGUUCACGAAUUGUUACCCAGCGCCACCACCUCCAAGGGAGCCAAUAAGGGACGAUCCUUGCAAUCCGUCGCCAUGUGGCGCAAACGCUCAGUGUAACGAUGGUGUGUGCACGUGCCUACCAGAGUAUCAAGGAGACCCGUACCGUGGAUGCCGUCCAGAAUGUGUGCUCAACUCGGAAUGUCCCCGUGACAAGGCUUGCAUCCGCAGCAAAUGCGUUGAUCCAUGCCCAGGAACGUGUGGACAGGAAGCAUUGUGCGAAGUUACGAAUCAUAUACCGAUCUGUAGCUGUCCGCGAGGUAUGACGGGCAAUGCGUUCGUGCAGUGCACAGCACAGCGCGCUCCGGUUGAGACCGAUCCGUGCAAUCCGUCACCUUGUGGACCCAACAGCCAGUGUCGAGCCAUCAACGGACAGGCCGUCUGCUCGUGUGUAAUGGGAUUCGUUGGCAGCCCACCGUCAUGCCGGCCAGAAUGUUCGGUCAACUCUGAUUGUGUGCAAAACUUGGCCUGUGUCAACUUCAAAUGCCGAGAUCCUUGCCCAGGCACAUGUGGCUUAGGUGCCAGAUGUUCUGUGGUUAAUCACAAUCCAAUUUGCAGUUGUCCGUUCAAAAUGACCGGUGAUCCGUUUGUCCGAUGCUAUGAAAUUGUUGAAAGACCUGCCGUUCAAGACACUCCUCGAAACCCUUGCUAUCCCUCACCCUGUGGUCCCAAUGCUAUCUGCGAGAAUCGUAACGGAAACCCGUCUUGCUCUUGUCUGCCCAAUAUGAUUGGUUCUCCUCCUAGCUGUCGACCCGAGUGUGUCAGCAAUUCGGAUUGCUCCAACACUCUAGCGUGUAUAAAUCAAAGGUGUCAAGAUCCUUGUCCAAAUGCGUGUGGAACAAAUGCCGACUGUCGUGUCUCUCUUCACAUUGCGAACUGCAUUUGUCCUUCGGGGUACACGGGCAAUCCGUUCGUCGCCUGUUUCGUUGAAACAAAACCACCACCGGAAGUAGACCGAUCACCACCAGAAGAUCCGUGCUAUCCAUCACCGUGUGGCACGAACGCUCGUUGUCGUCCGGUGGACGGUGGCGCAGUCUGCGAAUGCUUCGAGAACUACUUUGGCAAUCCGUACACCUCUUGUCGACCGGAGUGUGUGACAAACUCGGAAUGUUCCAGAAAUACGGCCUGUAUUCAGAACCGGUGCAAGGAUCCUUGCCCGGGAGUGUGCGGCCACAACGCCGAAUGUAGCGUCAUUAAUCACACUCCGACGUGUACCUGUCGCGAGGGAAUGGUUGGAAACGCGUUUGAGCAAUGCCUGCGAGAAGAGAAACCACCUGCGCCAAGUGAUCCGUGCUAUCCGUCCCCAUGUGGGCUGAACACGGUUUGCCGAUCGUCGGGAGGAAACGCCGUUUGCGAAUGCUUGCCAGACUUCAAGGGAACGCCGUUCGGAAGAGGAUGCUACCCAGAGUGUACGAUCAACUCGGAUUGUCCGAGGGAUAAGACAUGCGUCAACAAGAAGUGCGUCGAUCCAUGCCCAGGAGUUUGCGGAUACAGAGCUGUCUGCCAUGCGAUCAACAACAGUCCGGUGUGCUCGUGUCCGAACAACAUGAUCGGCGAUCCUUUCGUCGAGUGUAAGGAAGCGGCACCAAAGGAUCCAUGCAAUCCGUCACCGUGCAGAACGAACGGAAUUUGCCGCGUUGUUGGAGGCCGAGCAGAGUGUCAAUAUCCGGAAUGUGUCAUCAAUUCGGACUGCUCGCCCAAUCGGGCAUGCUUCAACCAGAAGUGUCGAGAUCCGUGCGUCGGAGCAUGUGGAGUCAACGCCAUCUGUAACGUGGUCAACCAUGCACCAAUUUGUUCAUGCCCGGAACGUCACGUCGGCUCACCAUUUGUGCAGUGUAACCGACAGAUGGAUCCUGUGCCGCAGCCAGAAUGUGUGAGCGACGAUCAAUGUACCAACGACAAGGCUUGCAUCAACCAGCAGUGCGUGAAUCCGUGCUCUGCUAGCAACGGAUUGUGUAAUCUGAACGCCGAAUGUCGAGUACAGUUCCAUCGGGCUAUAUGUACGUGCCGCGACGGCUACACCGGAAACGCUCAGAUUGCUUGCUACGAAAUCGGGUGUCGAUCGGAUUCAGACUGUCCGGCAACGGAGGCCUGUGUGAACAAGAACUGCAUCGACCCGUGCCGAUACACCCAGUGUGGACGCAAUGCCGUUUGCAAAACUGACUACAACCACAACGCACGUUGCCACUGCAUCGACGGCUACCGAGGUAACGCUCUGACGGGUUGUACGCGACCCGAAUGUACGCGGGACGACGAGUGCCCGUACCAUCUGUCCUGCCAGAACGAACAGUGCCGAGAUCCGUGCGAUUGUGCGCCGGGUGCCCAGUGCAGAGUUGACAACCAUCGGGCGUCGUGCAGAUGCCCUCCCGGAUACACGGGAGAUGCCAGCUUUGCCUGCGAGAAGAUACCAGUUCGCGAUCCGGACCAGUGUAAGAUGGACGCCGACUGUUCAAGCCGGUUGGCUUGCUUCAGUGGAACGUGCAAGAAUCCGUGUCUCGAGGCGAAACCGUGCGCCCAGCAUGCCGUUUGUACCGUCCAGGACACACUGCCGCUGCGUACAAUGUACUGCGUGUGCGAGGAAGGUUACGUGGGCGAUGCCGAAAAACAAUGCCUGCCAGUAUCACCAAUCCAGCCGGGAUGCAGUUCGGACAUCGAAUGCGCAGCGACCGAGACGUGCCGCAACCGGGCGUGCGUAAAUCCGUGCACGGAGUUCAACCCGUGCGCACGCACGGCCGAGUGUUUGGCCCAGAGCCACAAGGCCAUCUGUUCCUGCCCGGUCGGAAUGGUGGGCGAUCCGUUCCAGAACUGCUACCGCGAGCCGGUGAUCACGCCAGAGUGCACGCUGGACUCGGAGUGUCCCAGCAAUCGGGCCUGCAUCAACCAGAAGUGUCAGGAUCCGUGCGCCGAUGGAAAUCCGUGCGCCGGAAAUGCCGAAUGCCGCACGUUGACGCACCGUCCGCUGUGCAUGUGCCCCCAGGGAUGGGGAGGCGACCCGAAGGUUCAGUGUUACAAGCCGGAAUGUCAACGCGACAGCGACUGCCCGUACGACAAGGCGUGCUACAACGAAAAGUGUUUGAACCCGUGCACGUACGGUGCGACGCAGUGUGGCAGGGGAGCCGAAUGUCUCGCGCAGGGACACCGUGCCAACUGCAUCUGUCCGGCGGGUACCCAGGGUAACCCGUUGAUUUCGUGCGUGACCGGUCUGUGCCAGUACAACGAAGAUUGCGCAGAUCACGAGGCUUGCGACCGACUGAACCGGGUGUGUCGACCCGUUUGUGACGAUGAGACGUGUGCUUCUCGGGCGACGUGCAUUGGCCGGAACCAUCAGGCAACGUGCGAGUGUGCAUCUGGAACCAGAGGCAACCCGUACGUGGAAUGCGCUCGGGAUGAACCGGAACCGGUGUGCCGUACUGACGGUGACUGUCCUUCGCAGCAGGCCUGCAUCAACAGCAUGUGCUCGAAUCCGUGUACCGUGAUCAGCCCAUGCUCGAGACAGCAAUCGUGCUCGGUUGUCGAUACGCUACCACUGCGGACGAUGAUCUGCGCUUGUCCAACCGACAUGUUGGUCGACGCCAACGGUCAGUGUAAGCCGAUUGUGGUAGAAGGAUGUCGCAAGGACAACGAUUGCCCAGACACCGAUCGCUGCAUGCGAGGACAGUGUAUGCUGGCUUGCCGCGCCGAGCCAUGCGGAGUGAACGCACAGUGCGUAUCCAGCGGACAUCGGGCCAAGUGUUCGUGUGCCUCGGAAUACGUAGGAAAUCCACACAUCGAGUGUACACCGGAGGGACGAGUACCGAGCCCGAAGGAAUGUUCCGUGGACGACGACUGUCCGCUGGACCGAUCCUGCCUGAACGAGCGUUGCAUCAACCCGUGCACGCAGGACGUCUGCGGACGAGGAGCCAUUUGUCACGUGCAGCUGCACAAUGCCGUGUGCAACUGCCCAGCUGGAUACAAGAAGGACGCCAACAACAACUGCGUACCACCGGUUGCCGACCUGCCCAAGUGUCGCGCCAACUCGGACUGCGCCACCAGUGAGACCUGCGUCAACGAGAUCUGCGCCAAUCCGUGCAACUGCGGCCAGAACGCCGAUUGCUACGUGAAGGACCACUACCCGGUGUGCAGCUGCAAGCCGGGAUACUCUGGAAACGCGCAGUUUGGAUGCUUCAAGCUGGGUUGCCAGUCGGACAGCGAGUGUGCCAACGACAAGCAGUGCUACAACGGCGAGUGCCUGAACCCGUGCGCGCUGGAGAAUCCAUGUGCGUUGAACGCGGAGUGCUUCGGAGACAAGCAUCGAGCGGCGUGUCGCUGUCUGCCGGGGUUGGAGGGCAAUCCGUUUGUGCAGUGUCGCCGAGUCGAGUGUCACUUUGACGGAGAGUGUCCGGACAACAGGGCCUGCUUGCAAGAGCAGUGUAUCGAUCCGUGCAGCGAGAUGGCACCGUGUGCUCAGAACGCGAUUUGCUUUACCCGAGGACAUGCGCCGCACUGCAAGUGUCCGGACCAUUUGCCGGACGGGAAUCCGUUCUCGUUCUGCGAACGACGCGUGGUGCAACACAAGCCGGAAUGUACAAUGGAUACGGAAUGUCCCAGCCGAUUGGCAUGCAUCAACAACAAGUGUGUCGAUCCGUGCACGGAACUCGAGCCAUGUGCCAGGUCAGCCAAGUGUACCGUGCUGGAUUCGGUUCCGGUGCGAACCAUGGUUUGCGAAUGUCCGGAACUGCACGUGCCAGAUGUGAACGGCGAAUGUAAGCGAAUCGUGCUGCAGACUCCGCCGGAGUGUUCCAGUGAUUCGGAAUGCUCGGAUAAGGAGGCUUGUAUCAAUCGACAGUGCAGGAAUCCGUGCAACUGCGGUGAUCACAGCACAUGUAUGGUAAAGAACCACCGAGGAAUUUGCUCGUGCGAGGAUGGAUACGAAGGAAAUCCGAACAUUGCCUGUAGAACCAUCGGCUGUCGAAUUGAUUCCGAGUGUGAAUCGGGUAAGGCUUGCAUCAACGGAAAUUGCGUAAAUCCUUGCUUGGAUAACAAUCCUUGCGGAAUCAACGCCGAAUGCUACGCCGUAUCGAGUCACGCAGAGUGCAGAUGUCUGAGCGGAUAUCGCGGAAAUCCGAUGGUACAGUGUACGGUCGUCGAGUGCCGCAGCAACAACGAUUGUCCGAACGACAAGCAGUGCCGUAACACGCAGUGUGUCGAUCCGUGCAUAUACGAUAGCUCGUGCUCGCCGAGGGCAGAAUGCAAGGCACAGAACCAUCUAGCCGUUUGCAGAUGUCCAACGGGACUGGUUGGCAAUCCGUACGUGGACUGCCGGCCAGAGAUCAUUCCAGAGUGUGUGUACGACACGGAUUGUCCGUCGCACUUGGCCUGUAUCGAGAACAAGUGCGUUGAGCCAUGCGGUGCUUUGGAGCCAUGCAAUCGACCAGCGAGAUGCGAAGCAAUUCCGUCGUCGCCGGUGCGUACGAUGAUCUGCAUAUGUCCGGAUGGAUACGUGAGCAGUGGAAGUGGAACGUGCAAACCGGUUGUCAAAUCGGGUUGUAUUUCCGAUUCGGACUGUUCGAGCGAUACCGCUUGCAUCAACAGCAUUUGUAGAAAUCCUUGCAACUGUGGACCGAAUGCCGAGUGCCGAAUCAAGGACCACAAACCGGUGUGCUCGUGCAAGCAAGGAUUCGACGGUAAUCCGGAGAUUGAAUGCAUCAAGAUUGAGUGUCGCGUUGACGACGAUUGUUCCAGUCAGCACUCGUGCUUGAACCGGCAGUGCGUCCCGGUGUGUUCGCUGGACUCGUGCGGACGACAAGCCGAAUGCUACGCCCAGAACCACAGAGCGAUCUGUGAGUGCCUGCCAGGGUACGAGGGCGAUCCGCGCGCCACCUGUAGACUGUUGGGAUGUCGAGCCGAUUCGGACUGCCCACUGGACAAGGCGUGUAUCAACCAGAAGUGUGAAAACCCUUGCGAGAACCAAGCGAUCUGCGCCCAGAACGAGCUGUGCCAGGUGUACCAGCAUCGGCCCGAGUGCGCCUGUCCGCCACCAUUCGAAGCGGAUCCGAUCCGAGGAUGUGUGCUGCGUGACGAACGGUGCCGAACCGACGGUGAGUGCCCCUCGCAGACGGCUUGCAUCCAGGGUGAAUGUGUCAACCCGUGCAACGUAACGGAACCGUGCGGCGUCAACUCGAUGUGCAAGGUGCUGGACACGCUGCCCGUGAGGACCAUGAUUUGCGAGUGUCUGCCGGGAUACCAAGGAAAUGCGGCCGUCCAGUGCGACAAGAUGGCCCUUUGCCCAACGGACAGAGGCUUCGUCCGUAACGCCAACGGUGAGUGCGCAUGCCCACCCGGCUACGGACUGUCCAUCUACGAGGACUGCCAGAUAUGUCGCGAAGAGGACGGCCUCAAGAUUGACGAAACGGGACGGUGCGUGUGUGCGCUGGAACGGGGCAUGGUGAUCGACGAGCGGGGCCGUUGCAUCUGCCCGGUCGACUACGGCUACCGGCUAACGGAACGGGGCGAGUGCAUCCGUACGGCCGUGCCCGAGUGUACACGCGACAGCGACUGUCCCGACUGGCGCCACUGUCACCAGGAGACGAGAACGUGCGAAGAUCCGUGCAAGACGAAGAUCUGCGGCAAGAACGCGCUGUGCAAUGCAACGAAUCAUCAGGCGAUCUGCCAGUGUAUCGCAGGGUACACCGGUAAUCCGGAGGAGCAUUGCAAUCAAACAACCAACUUCCGCACGGACUUCCCACAACCGGAAAUGCAAGUAACGUGCCAAGCGGACGGCGUUCAGGUGGUUAUCGACCUGAUGGAGUCCAACUUCAACGGUGUGCUGUACGUGAAGGGCCACAGCAAGGACGAAGAGUGCCGACGGGUGGUGAACCUUGCCGGCGAUGCGUCCCAGCGGACGCAGAUCUUCAAGGUGCACUUUGGCAGCUGUGGUCUGAUUCACGUCAACGGAAUCGCCAGCUUCGUGCUGGUCAUUCAGAAGCAUCCGAAGUUGGUCACGUACAAGGCGCAGGCCUACCACAUCAAGUGCGUGUACCAGACCGGAGAGCAGAACGUCACGCUUGGCUUCAACGUGCAGAUGCUGACGACGGCCGGUACGAUCGCCAACACCGGGCCGCCGCCAACGUGUGCCAUGCGAAUCGUUGCCUUCAACGGAGAGGAGAUCGUGUCCGCUGAAAUCGGUGACAAUUUGCGACUGCAGGUCGAAGUGCAGCCAGCGACAAUCUACGGAGGGUUCGCUCGCAGCUGCGUCGCCAAAACGAUGGAAGACAGCGUCGAGAACGAGUACAUUGUAACGGACGAAAACGGGUGCGCCACAGAGCCGAGCAUCUUCGGGGACUGGGAGUACAACGCCGAAACGAACAGCCUGCUGGCGAGCUUCAACGCGUUCAAGUUCCCCUCGAGCGACAACAUCCGCUUCCAGUGCAACAUCCGGGUGUGCUUCGGCAAGUGUCAACCGGUCAACUGCCACGGGGCGAACGCGUACGGCAAGCGGCGACGUCGGGCGAUUACCGACGCGAACGAGAUCGAGAUGCUGCUGAACAGGACGAGACGUGCGACGAGCAGCAGCUCGACGGCGCUGGCCGGCGACGACGAUGAGCUCGGUAUCGAGGGAACACUGCGAGAGGAGAUCACGAUCCAGUCGAACGCGAUUCUGACGCUGGAUCGCAGGGAGGAGCGUUCGUACGACUCUGAUAAUAUCACUCCCGCCGCUCAACGUGUCGAAGAUAUCUGCGUGUCGAUGAUCGGUCUGAUCAUCGCGCUGGUCAUCACAGCGCUGCUAGCACUGGUUGCCGUUGCGGUGGCCGUGUCCUGCUGGCUGAUGGCCUACCGAAGGCGUCCAACUGUCACGGGACCGCUGCCGCAUCCGCCCGAGUUCCCGAAUCCGCUGUUCGCGCAUCACGAACCGUCGGAACCGUCACACCACGACUACAUGACGUAAGCAAAAGCAAAACCAUACAAUACCAAGAGUAAAACAACGAAAUCGAACGAAAGUAUAGGUUAGGAAAGGUCGAAAGACAAAAAAAAGACGAUACUGUAAAUAUGUAUGAUUAGAGAGUACACAAUUUUAGAAGUAUGUAAGCGACAGUGACACACCAACUUAGGCAAUAGAACGACGGUGCUCUAACCUCAAUGCAAACGCACUGUCCAACGGCCUGUUGCAUACCAUGCAGGCCCGCGAAAGAAACACGAUUUAGGUUAGAUCGUUUUUAUAUCUUAACACAGGCGGAAUACCGAGAGUCCAGACCAAAGGAGCCAGCUCAGCUCGAACCUUACCGGGAUUCGGCGGUUCAACCUCAUGUAAAAAGCAAUCUCUAAACGUCGAGAGACUUGACGAACUCGGGCUAACCUCAACCUCGUUAGAAAUUAGAACACAUAGAAGCCCAAUUUGUCUCGUUUCUCGACACGAAAAUCCAACCGGCGAGUCCUCGGGGAACGACUGAGCUUCAAACGAGUACUUUUGGUCUCAAUGGGUUCGAGGUAUUCCGAACGCAAAUCCGAGCAUCUCCUCCGCGGGUCGUUACUAGUCUUUUAUUUAUUAAUGUUAUUAUCGUACUAAGUAAGAGAUGGAUACCCCUCCCUCGUCCUGUUUAGAAACAAACAACUUUUUCUAUCCCCUUCGACGUCCAUUCCUCUAAGGUGGAGGGCCCUCGUGUUUCUUCCGUACUAUUUCGUCCCUUACGAUCUUGUGUGUCCUUUCUCUUUGGCUUUACAACGAAGCAGAUACCGUAUUGCCAUAUAUUGUUCAGCGAAUCUUCACUCUUCCACCAGCACUGAGUCUCGAGAACACUCUCAGCAAAAGCACGCACUCACGACUAGAUUCCUUCCAAAAGUGAACAAUAUUAUCGGUGUUAUUCUAUUAAUAUAAUUGUUUUAGUUGUAAUUUAUUAAAAUUUUAUGAAUAUACAGAAAGAAAACACAUCUCGACCCUCGGAGGAUUUGCGUACCCCUAGGUUUAGUAACACAGAGAGCAAGAAAAUUAUAGGAGAAAAACGUGUUGUAUUAUACUACAGACAGAGGUGAAUAAAAAAAAGAACGUAGUCAUUUUAUAGCUAAUCUGUCUCAUAUCAAGAAAAAGUAACGAAACUAUACAAGAGAUUUGCACGUAGACAAAAGAAAACUGCCAUUCAAAUUCCAAAAUGCGCGUGUCCACGUGGGCGGACCCUAACUCAACCUCCCGCUUUUCCCCGCUUCGAAAACGAAAAUGUGAAAGAAGCAGCGAGCUUUCAGCUAUUUUCGUUUUCGCUGCGGGAAAAACGAAGAGCAACGUUUUGAUCCCCCUCAAAAGAACGCGACCAUGUAAGCGAAAAGAAAAAUAGUUCACUGAAAGUUCUUCUCUACACAUAAAUACGAAUGCUGCUAACGGUCAACACUAAACUGCCCCCUUUGAAAAUACUGCACAACGAUGUGUUUAUAGUUUUUUGAAUACAGCAUUAAAACCUUUUAACUAACAAGCUCGCGCAAGUCUCCAAGAGACAGAACGUAGCACAACACCUCUGAAACGGCAGAACGGCGGUUAUUUGUUGUCUUUUGUUUUGUUUUUUGGCAAUACUUUAUUAUCUCUACCCUUGAAAAAAAAUUCCUAAAGCAACCGAAAUCGCGGCUUUUUUUAACGCCCCUAUAUAUUUAUGUUUACUGCAAAAAGAAAACUGAUAAUAACGUCAACUAUUAAGACUGGAUUAACAUUAACUGAGAGGUAAUUAAAAAUAUAAACGAAAAAAAUAUCAAAAAGAGAUAAUCUAUUCCUAUUAUAAAGAAAAUAACACUACCUACCGCUAUACCUUCACGCAGACACAGUCUAUUGCGAAUUUUCCAACCCAGUGUAAUAUUUUUUUAUCGAGAAAAAUGUAAAGUUUAUCUGUAGCAUGUGAAUGUCACCUCAAAGAAAAGCGUUAAUAAAAUGAAAAUGAUACUAAUAAAAA